CCGGAAGGUCGGUGGUAGCACGAUCGGGUCUCGCAAGCAAGCGCGGGAGAUGUUGGAGCUGGCUGCCAAAACGAAUCUGCGGGCUUGGGUUCAAGUGAGACCGAUGAGCGAAGCCAACCAGGUCGUGGUGGAUAUGGAUAAGGGAAAUGCGAGGUAUCGUUAUGUGUUGCAGAAUGAGUGAUGGGUCAGUUGGAGAAGGCCAACGCGGCCCGCGUUACACGGGGUGGUAGCCUGUGGACGAGAGAGAAUAUGAUGAGUACAUCCUUACUGUACAGUUGCCAGGCGAAACGUUUCUACCCGGUCAAAAGUAUCUGUAAUGAUGCAAGGCAGCCCGCAGCCUGCAGGCACGACAACUGUACGGUGUACCUUCCUAAAAUGCUUAUGACAAACGACGAAAGCGACGCACCUCGCAGGCUUGUUGUACCAAUUAUAAAAGCUCCCACCACGUUGCAGCCCGUUUGUAUACCAUACAACUACAUACUCUAUCCUCGGUAAAAGUCUACCAGGUGAGUCUCAUGGUUAGGGCGACCACAAACAUUUGGAGAAAAAAGAUAUAUGUACUUACCUCAAUUAGCAGGGUCUUUCAUCGUAC